UUAACUUCCUUGUUGCAUGUCUGUGUGUAUUACGCUUAGUUUUUAGGAAAGAAGUCCUUUGUGGAAAUACCAUACCUGGCUGUAAAUCUGAGCUGCUCGUACUUCCGGGUUCCUGUUCAACAAAGAACUUCGUCGACACUGCUGGAACCACAUAAGAUGAUGAACAAUAAAACACCAUGAGGAUAUACAUGACCAUUUAUCCUAACAUCUUGCUGUUCAUUGGAUGGUUAAUUACAAUACGUUUACACAAAGUUCAUAUGUCCGACGUCAUUUAUGAAGUAUUUGAAAACCAAACAAACUGGCAACAGGCAGCAAAUACUUGUUUGAGACUUAAUGGAACAUUGAUUGACUCUUCUGAUUACUGCGAUGUACAAAAUAGGAACACAUUACCAGCCAACAGGUUUUAUUGGACCGGCAAUUUCACUUUCAUGACAAACUGGGUGCAGUUAAAAGGGUGCUUCAAUGUACUUGGUCAAAAUACAGCAGAAAAAUUGUUCCUAUCCGACGAAUUCGACAAAAGUGAGAGACCUCUUGGCUGGUCCUGUUACAUUUAUUGCAACAACGAAUCAUUCUUUGGAAUAAGGGAUGGGUAUUGCCAAUGUUUAUCAAAAGUACCUGCAGAAGACGAAUUAACUCUACAAAACAAGUGUCCAUCUUGCAAUGACUCUUCCAGAUUUCAGUGUGGAAAAGACAAUUACACAGCAGUGUAUGCAAUACCUCAACCGAAUUCAAGAGAGGGAACAAACUUAUGCGCUUCUGUUGAAUGUAUUGUGUCGUCAAAUAAAUCACAGCAUGUAGCACGCCCAUGUAACGAAGCAUUACGCACCAAAUGCACAGGAGGAAAUCAAACAAAAUACUUAUCAUGGGGCGAUGCAAGAAAUGAAUGUGAAGGCAAUGGUACAUAUAUGUUACUACCUCCUGAUAUUAUGUGCCAGAGCCAGGUUUCCCAAACUUGGGGUAACCGACACAGGGAAGUAACAUGGACUACCACAGAAUUAGAACUUCUUUAUCGUAUCCAGAUACACCAAAAGCAUCGACUUUUAAGGUGUUCUUCAAUAAACGGAAACACAAUGAAGAACGACGACUGCAACUCCACCGAGCAUGGAUUUAUUUGUAAAAUAGGAAACUUCACAAAUGAAAAUGCAACCACGUUAUGUAACAUAUCCGAAACGGAACCGGAAACGUCAACACUGUCACUAUCUCGCACAACUACUGGUGAGACUGCAUCUACCGAAUUUUCAAAUAUUGAUCCCACGACAAAUAUAUCAAAUAUGGGCAAGAUAGAGGGAAACAGUACGGCGACAAGCGAUAUGGUGAUGUACAUAGCUAUUGGAGCCGCAGCAGGAGGACUUAUUGUGGUCGUCCUGGUCAUCGUUGUCAUCAUUUGCACGUGCCGGAAUAGGUCAAACAAGAGCAACGCCGACGAAACCGCAGGCGACUAUAAAAAGGAAAUAGACAUUGAUGACGGAGAGAUGAAUCAUAUUACAGCUGCAGAAAGAUACAUCUCAAUUAAGUCAGAACAAGUAUCGGUAAAAUAUACAGUCGAAAAUGGUAAGGCUGCAUCAAAAACGUCAGAACCGGGAAAGAGUUGGGGAGGCGGUUAUGAACAGGUCGUCCUUCCUAAUGAGGAGCCAGACAGUGGGUUUCUCGAUCAGGAUAGUAUUGUUGACCACGUCACACAAACUCAACCCAGUCCAGACAUACACGAGACACCAAAUGCAAUCCAAUAUACAGAAGAGGAAGACGAUUAUGCUGAGGUUGAUAGCGAAUCCGUCACAGAAGAAAAUAUCCCAGAAAUCUGUAUUAAAUCAGCAUCCAUCAAAAAGGCAGAAACUAAUGAUGAGCAGGAGGCAGAAGAUGAUUACGAUCACUUUGGACAGCCGGACCAACGCCAAUCUGUUUCGUCAAAUUAUGAUCAUGUCCAUUUACGAAACUCGAGGAAAUCGAAGAAAGGAAAUAAUCAAGAUGAUUCUGAAGACUAUGACCACAUUCCUGGGGCAGGCGGGAGACAAGAGGAAACCGAAGUAGAUUCCACUUACGACCAUACACAGAUAUUCGGUUUGAGAGAAAGCACAGCCUCGGUGUCGUCGAACUAUGAUCACGUGGUUUUGCUGAAGAAUCAGUGCGGUCAGGAAGACGCUUUAAAUCGAAUAUCUGAUGAUUAUGAUCACACUAAUAAUGUUAGUAAAGUAAAGGUCGCUGACGGAGAUAGGGAUAGUAAUUACACACAGGUCAUAUUGCCAGAUUCACCCUGAUCUACUCUAGUGCUGAAGUAUGUCCCGGAAAAUAAACUGGCAAACGGCAGCCAACGCAUGUAUUAGCAUCCAUGAGGGUGAAACAAACAGCUGGAAUAUUAAUCAGUCAGUAUAGCAUGCAGGUGACCUGCGUUCGGCAGAUUAAAUCAAGGUGAAAGAAAACUUUUGUGGCAGUGAUUACACUGUCAUUUUAUAAUUUAAAAUUACGUAAAAUUUCACAGACCUUACAAACUCAAAACCCGCAUGAAUGCGAAGAUUAUACCGCUCGAAGUUGUAGACAAUACUCUAUGGAUACUCAAUAAGUUGUUUCAUGCAAGUGUAUUAGACUAUCAGAACAUAAAAUCACAUGAGUAUAUCACAGCGAACUAUAAAUCAAAUAAGUAUUAUGUUCAAGAAAGCUAAACUGAUCAGAAGACAAUUUGAGCACUCGUAACCAUUACACAUCGAGUAAGACGAUCUAGUGUCUGUAUCGUACGCAUAUGUGACGACAGCGCAAAACAAAAUAACGACCCAUUUGUUACGUUAAGACAAAAGAGCAAAAUAACAUUACGACCCAUUUGUUAUGUUAAGACAACAGAGCAAAAUAACAUAACGACACAUUUGCUAUGUUAAGACAACAGAGCAAACAUAUAACGACGCAUUUGCUAUGUUCAGACAACAGAGCAAAAUAACAUAACGACACAUUUGUGAUGUUCAGACAAUAGAGCUAUAAACAUAACGACAAGUCUACUAUGUAGAGACAACAGAGAAAAAUAACAUAAAGACACAUUUGUUAUGUUCAGACACGUUUGUUAUGUUAAGUAAGUAUUAUAGACAUCAUGAUUUUAUUUUUGACUAAUGUCAUCAGGCACGUAAGUGUCGAAUGUAUGACAUAUGGAUUGUGAUUAUAAUGUUAAUGGUAUAACCGUGUUGUUAGCUAUUUCCUACAUGUAGUUAAACGAAUCGAUAAGAUAAUGACAUUCUUUACAGUCCAUAUUCCCUUGCUAGUCGUUUAAGUUAAAGUUUCAAAAUGACAUUUGUUUUAGAAAUACCUGAGAAUUUGAUAUUAUAAUGCGUUUCAUUUCUUCGUGUCUUUUUCAUACAUUUAUAAUAUCAGUGAAUUUCAAUAUUAUCAAAUAUUCUAUAUCAGAGAUUUGUUACUUGUUUUGUACGCUUUUAUCUCAUUUGGAACUCAUUCAGCUUUCGUGAUCAUACCCAAUGCAAUUUACAUGUGGGAAUUGAUUUUGAAAAAAACACCAUCAACCUACUUUAAUAUUGAAAAAGUAUCAAUAGCUGCUGCAAAUGUAUUCAGGUGGAUUUUUAAAAUGAAUUGCAGGCAUGCUAUUUGCAUUUUACAAGAAUGAAAUGUUUCGGAUAAAGCUUUGCCGGGCUAGUGUCAAAUGACUAAUUUGGAUCAGGUUAAAAUGAACCAUAGCUGACACGAAAUCUGCAUUGGGUACCUUACUAAAUAUAGAUUAAAUAAGACUGACCAUACAUCAAACAAUCAGCCGUAAAUUUAUUAAUAAAAGCAUUAGCUUAAAUCAAAAUGAGUAUUGAAAAACAAUUUUAGGAAUCCAUACAUUUAACGCUCAAUUAUUUACUUUAUUUUGUAGAGAAAAGUUUAACUUUAUGAUUGUUAUCUAUUUCUUUAGUAAAUGAAAGUUAAUAGCACAGUAUAUGACCUUAGUAAGAAUAGCAUUAAGUACUACAUUAAUAUUUGUACAGAAAAUGAGAUUUUCUUCAAUUCAUUUUUGUAAAAAAAUAAAAUAAGCUGAUGUUACGCUUUUACAGACUGCCUAUUUUUAGAUAUGCCAUUUUUUCUGCUGUGCCUAAUAUCAUCUUACGAUUUUUAUUUGUACCUUAAAAAAACAAUAUUUGUAUGUGAAUUAGAGGUCUUAAUAUUAAUUAAUCUUCUAAGUGAGAUAUACUAGCACUUCACACUACACCAUAAUACUUGAGAUAUUUAAUUAUAUAUAUUAUACACUUAUGAUACGAUAUAUUAUAAGAUAUGAAAUAUAUAAGAUAUAUCUUAAAUGGAGAGAUUUCUGACAUAUUUAAUGAGAUAUCUUUUUUGCAAAUAGCCACCGGGAUUGCUUACCAUUUGGCAUGGUCACAUCGGAAUGGUUAAAGUUGGAAUGAACUAUGUAACAGUACACCAGAAAAUAUAAUCAGGUUACGUGUGUUCUGUGUAUCUUUGUCCGAUGUUAAAGGAGCUAAUGGUACUUGGAUUAUCACCAGGAUUAAGUUGCGCAAACUAUCUUCACUUUGUCUGUAUCAUAGGUUAAUGAGACUUGUAUGAUUAUUUGUUCCAUUCCAUAGAAUAUUACUUCUUAUACAUGUGUAUUGUUUUACAUAUGUAUGCCCUGCCUUUAUUCGUAUGUACUCCAUUGAUAUAAUAGAAAUGUUAAUCCAUUUGUGUUAGUAUCAAUAUCAUGUUUUGUUUUUACUAGUUUUUUUUGUUUUUUUUACAGAUAUAAGAUAUAGAACAUGACAUUUUUAAUUAAUUUAUUAUUUAUAUAUAUCUUUUGUAUCUAAAAUCUACUUUAAGUUGAGUAUUGUUUUAUUAUGUAAUUUCAAAUGCUAUGAGCUUUAAUCAAACUAGGUUCAACCACUAUUCAAAUGAUAAAUGACCAUGUUAAAACGGGCAAAUAGAAACGGAUAUAUUUGUGUUAAAAGCUAAGCAUCCCCAUGAUAAUGACUAUUAUUUCAAACAUGAGCGAUCCGAGUAUUGUAAAUUGGAGAAGAAAAAAAUAAUGUCAAGAUUUGACUACAGUAUAUAAUCCCGAAAAUGGAUUUUUUCUAUAAUUCCACUAACAUUAAAGACCUUCUUUUAUACAAGUGCACUGUCCAUGAGUAUAUAAAAUAAAUAGGUUUUAAAUAUGAUGAGAAAGACUAAUUAUAAGUACGUUAGUUCUUGUCAAAUGUCUUUUGUUAUUGUACAUGUAAUUGACAUGAAUAAGAUAUGGUUUAAACUAAACUAAAUAAUGUUUUUUAAGCGGAUCACGAAAUCACUAAACAUGCCUGUUACGAGAAGUUUUUGUAAAUAUAUUAUACAUAUGUAUUUAAAAAAAGUAGAUUUGAGGAUUGUUAAUGUAUAUGUAGCUGCUUAAUUGCUUACAGGGCAAGUACACACCCAAAUAAAUAUUUGAAUGUUUACAAUUGUGAGAAGACAUGGUAGGUGGGAGUGUUAACGUCAUGUUGUUCUCAAGUCCGAGGGCCUGAAAAUUGUUGUAUCUUUGCCCUGACGAGCCAUAAUUGGCGAAACUGGUCGGCAAGUAAUCAAGUAUUUUACCUAAUAAUUGUGUGAAGCUGGUUAAUGUUGAGAUCACCAUUUAGUGAACACCCUGCAUACCAAUCAGUGUCCAUUUAGUGGACACUCUACAUACCAAUCAGUAUCCAUUUAGUGGACACCCUGCAUACCAAUCAGUGUCCAUUUAGUGGACACCCUGCAUACCAAUCAGUGUCCAUUUAGUGGACACUCUACAUACCAAUCAGUGUCCAUUUAGUGGACACCCUGCAUACCGAUCAGUGUCCAUUUAGUGGACACUCUACAUACCAGUCAGUAUCCAUUUCCCAGCGAGCACACUACUUAAGGACUCAACCUGCAUUUCUUCUCCCCUUAAUUGUGAAGACAGAGAUCAAAUGUGUUUGUUAUUGAUUAGUGAUCUAGUUAAUACAAUGUAUAUUAGAAACACGGGGAUCAGACACGCUGGCAGUAUCAACAAUAAUACAUAAUAUUGUCAUAAGACAAGAAAUAGAGCAUGUGAGUACGUGUUCGUGUGACUAAAAACGUAUAUACAUUAAAUAGAUAACUACGUCAUUUGUCUGAUUCCGGAGUACAUAAUGCUCUGAUAAUAUUAAAACUGAUAUGUAUUUAAUAUACUAUCAAAUGUGUUACAUGAUGCUAACUAUGUUUUCUGUAAUUUAUAAUAAAUAAUAUAUAGUCGGUAGGUUUAACUACUCGUUGUAAUGAUAGCUGUGCGGAUGUGAAUAAAGAGGUGCUUCUU